GCUACGAGACAUCAAUAAUCCAGCGCUGAUACGACUUUCUCGCGCCAUCGCGGACGUCCUAACUCGCGUCAGUCACCACGCCCACUUCUAGAUCACCAUGUCGACAAUCACGACGACCGCCCUCCAAUCAUCCAAACCCCCGGUCAUCCCGCUUCCGUUCAACGGAAACCAGCCACAGACCAUACGCCUGUAUCCUCUCUCCAACUACACGUUCGGCGUCAAGGAGACACAGCCAGAAGAAGACCCCUCGGUCCUCGCACGCCUCAAGCGCCUCGAGGAGCACUACACCGCCCAUGGCAUGCGCCGCACCUGCGAGGGCAUCCUCGUCUGCCACGAGCACAACCAUCCCCACAUCCUGAUGCUGCAGAUCGCGAAUGCUUUCUUCAAACUCCCCGGCGAUUACCUGAGGCCCGAGGACGAUGAAGUUGAGGGGUUCAAGGCAAGGCUAGAUGAGCGGCUCGCGCCCGUGGGCCGUCUUGGCGAGGGAGAGGAGGCCGGGGACUGGCAGGUUGGGGACUGUCUCGCGCAGUGGUGGAGGCCCAACUUCGAGACCUUCAUGUAUCCCUUUGUGCCGGCCCAUGUGACGAGGCCAAAGGAGUGCAAGAAGCUCUACUUCAUCCAGCUUCCCAAGUCGAAGGUCCUGAGCGUCCCGAAGAACAUGAAGUUACUUGCAGUCCCCCUGUUCGAGCUUUACGACAACACGGCGCGCUACGGCCCGCAGCUCUCGGCCAUUCCCCACCUCCUCAGCCGGUACAAUUUCGAGUUCGUCGACGAGGACGGAAACGUUGUUGCUCUCACUCCCGGCACGGGAUCACCAGAUGGCUACGUCCCCAAGACCAGGGUCCUAGCCGGUGACGAUGUGGAUAUGAAGACGGAGAAUGGCACUCACUGAUCACUUCCUGCUUAUCUCGUCCUAGACGGCGAUUGUGGAUACUUUGAUUCAUGGGGAAACGGAUAGGUUGAGAGGCGUCCGGCGUCACAUUCAAGGCUUCACCACAGAUAGAUGUCGGAGCAUUUUAGCGGACAAAACAAGUUCCAGUAAUUCCGAAUCAUCAUCAGACAGGUUGUCUCCUCGAUACGCCCCCUGGCUAGGUAGAGGCCAUG